AUGGCUCGUCCUGAGCAGCCGACUUUUGAGCCCGGACUGCCAGACGCAGCCCUGAGACGCGCCGCCAAGUACCGAGACUUUGCCAUGACGCUGGUGGAGGGCGGCGGCCUGUCGCCACGGCUGCCGUCGGCCGUCCCGACCACGCCACAGCCGACCACACCUCAGCACAAGCACAGGAACUCUCUGCGUGCCACGCCGUCCCGAGCGGCCGCCGCGCGCCGCAACCGGGUGGCCGCCGAGGAGGCCGGCACGCUGGGCCGGGUCGGCUCGUGGACGUCCACCCGCAGUGCGCGCAGCUCGCGGAGCGUGGCCAGCCACCACCCGAGUCUGGCCGAGGACACCGACUCAGAAAUCGGCCAGCUCAAGAUCGACGACGACACGGAGAUGGCCCCGGCCGGCGGCAUGGCCAGGGGCGCCAACUCCCUGUUUCGAAUCAGAAAGCUGAUCCAGUCGUGGACCAAGCGUCGGUCGCAGCAGAGCGAGGAUGAGCGGCCGGACUCGUUUCUGGAGAAGUUCACUAUGGCCGGCGGGGGCACCAAUGACCCGCCGGCCGACGCCGACGGAGCUACCCUCUGCUACGGCCUCACCUCCGGGCACCUGGUCAUCAACAAGGCCAAACCGUUCCAUUACCGGUGGCUUGGGGUGGUGACGGUGGCAGUCCUCUACAACGUGCUGGUCAUCGUGGGCAGGACCGUGUUCUGGGAGCUGCAGAACCUGGCGCCCCGGGUCUGGUUCACCCUCGACUACAUCUGUGAUAGCAUCUAUCUGUUAGAUAUGGCCAUAAAGGCGCACGAAAGCUAUCUGGAGGAGGGUUUGGUGGUGCGGGACGCCCGCAAACUGCGGUUGAACUAUGUGCGAUCGGUGCACUUUAUCCUGGACAUUAUUUCUGUGCUACCGACCGACCUGCUGUACCUGUAUCUGGGUACCGAGUGCUACUACUACGUACCCUGUCCGUGCAUCGUGCGCAUCAACCGCGUGCUGCGCUACCCACGCAUGAGCGAGUACUUUGACCGCACCGAGACGCGAACCAUUUUCCCCAACGCCUUCCGCAUCAGCAAGGUGGUGCUGUACAUCUUGGUGCUUAUCCACUGGAACGCAUGUCUGUACUUUGCGCUCAGUUACGCCAUCGGGUUUGGCACCGAUCAGUGGGUGUACCGCAACAUCACACCUGGUGUGAACGGCACACUGAUGCACCAGUAUAUCUACAGCUUCUACUGGUCAACGCUGACGCUGACUACAAUCGGUGAGACGCCGCAGCCCGUCGAGGACGUCGAGUAUGUGUUCGUGACGCUCGACUUUCUCGCCGGAGUGCUCAUUUUCGCCACGAUUGUCGGUAAUGUGGGCUCGAUGAUCACAAACAUGAACGCAUCCAGAGCAGAGUUCCAGAACCGCAUGGACAGCGUCAAACAGUACAUGGAGUUUCGGAAGGUCGGCAAGGACCUGGAGCGACGUGUCAUCGAGUGGUUCGACUACCUCUGGUCCAACAAACAGUCCCUCAACGAGGAGGACAUCCUGGCGACGUUGCCGGACAAGCUGAAGGCCGAGAUUGCCAUCCACGUGCACCUGGACGCGCUGAAGCAGGUGCGACUGUUCCAGGACUGCGAGCCCGGCCUGCUGGUCGAACUGGUGCUGAAGCUGAAGCUGCAGGUCUUCAGUCCGGGCGACUACAUCUGUCGCAAGGGCGACGUCGGCAAGGAAAUGUACAUCAUCAAACGCGGAAAGGUGAUCGUGGUCUCGGACGACGGGAAGACCGUGUUCGCAACACUGAUGGCCGGCAGCGUCUUCGGCGAGGUGAGCAUCAUGAACAUAGCCGGCAACAAGAUCGGGAACCGGAGGACGGCCAAUGUCAAGAGCGUCGGUUACUCGGACCUCUUCUGUCUCUCCAAGGACGACCUGUGGAACACACUGAACGACUACCCGGAGGCCUACAAGAGCCUUAUAGAGAAGGGUCGGCAGCUGCUCAUCAAGGACGGGCUGCUGGAUGAGGACGCGCUAAAGGCAGCGGAAGAGCAGCAGCUGACCACGAAACAGCAGGUGGAAAAGCUUGAGGAUAUGUUGGAUAAGCUGCAGACGCGCUUCGCCCGUCUGUUGGGGGAGUACUCGUCGUCCCAGAAGAAGAUGAAGCAGCGGGUGACGUCGCUGGAGAAGAAGCUGUUGGAUAAGGAGGGCUCUGACGACAUAGCCAGCCGCGUCAACAGCUCCAACAGCCGGCUGCUGACGGCCGCCGUCGGUCUGGGAGGCUCGGAGAUCGGGUCCCGCCGGCCCUCGUUCGCCUCCCAGUACUCCCUGGCGGUACCCUCCCCGGCAUUCAGCUCCUCCUCGGAGUCUGACAUGUCGCGCCGGCCCGACGACCAGGGCGCCACCUGA